CAUUGUCUAUCCUCUCCCCAGCUUAGACUUGUAGAUAUUUCUCAGUCUUCAAGAAAUUUUCAACGUGAGCUCUGCUUGUCGCUGCAAUUCAUCCCCUUUAUAAUUUCAGUAACACAAACUUGAUAAGUCUCCAAAUCUCUCCCUAGUCUUGCAAUUCUUUAAGAUCUUUUCAUUCCAUCUUUGGUGGGUUUUUCAUAGGAAGAGAAAAAGAUGGGAGAAGAAGAGAACACUAGUGUCAAGAACUCCCUGAUGGUCUCUGAAUCAUCAUAUAAAGAAGAAGAGUUGCAGUUGAUUCCAGGCCUACCAGAUGAAAUAGCCAUGGAGUGUCUUGUCAGAGUGCCUUAUCAAUUCCAUUCUAAUAUGAAAUCAGUUUGCCAUACUUGGCAAAACUCGAUUUCCCAUCCUUAUUUCUAUCAACAAAGGCGCAAAUCUGGCACUUCGGAGCAUCUUGUGUGUCUUGUGCAGCCUCUCCCCCAGUCGGAUUCCAUUGACUUGCUCACUACUGCGACCGCCACUGCUGCUGUAACCAAUAAGGAAGACAAACAGAUCCAGAGCCCACCUCAGUUUGCACUGAGCAUCUACAACGCAACCCAUGAUAUUUGGCAAAGGACAAGGCCUCAGGGAGGAAUACCCAUGUUCUGCCAGUGUUUGGCGCUUCCAUCAUCACGGAAAGUACUCCUUUUGGGCGGUUGGGAUCCCACCACUCUAGAACCUGUCCCGGAUGUGUACAUCUUGGAUCUCACCGGAGUUGGUGGCUGCAGGUGGAGACGUGGGGCGUCAAUGUCUGUGUCACGCUCUUUCUUUGCUUGUGCCUUGGUUGGACCGUCCAAGGUUUUUGUUGCCGGAGGCCACGACGGUCAGAAGAACGCCUUACGAUCGGCAGAGGUUUAUGAUGUUGAUAAAAACGAAUGGAUAAAGCUACCCGAUAUGAUUGAAGAAAGGGACGAAGGUCAGGGGCUAGCCUGGGAGGGUGAUUCCAGGUUCUGGGUUGUGAGCGGUUAUGGCACAGAUAGCCAAGGGCAGUUCAGGUUUGAUGCCGAGUGCUAUGACCCAGAUACAGGGUCUUGGUCCAAGGUUGAUGGGGUUUGGCCCUUUUCAAAUACUAGCCCCAGAGGAGCCACUGCUACAGUUAGUAUCAAUAGAAAUCAAAACCAAUGGUGGUGGUUCUUGGGAGGCGAGCAACACCAAUUACAGCAGCAGCGAAGAAUCGGUGGAGAAGUGAAGGAAAAUGAGAACAUGAGGUGGGAAAUAGUGAAUUCAAUUCUACUUCCAGAUUGUAUCACUGGAACAAAUCCUUGUAUGAUCAGCCUUGGAGAAGGUGCCCAAGAGAUAAAGAGGAAUGAUAAGGUUAUUAAUAAGCAUAGAGUGUUUGCGAUGAGUGGCAGUGGCAGGAGAUCACCAUCUUCGUGUAUUGAAUGCGAUUGCCAAGGAGCAUUCAUCUUGGAAAGGGAUUGCAAUAAUGGCAGUACCAAGUGGGAUCAUAUCCACACUCCCUCAGGAUUUUCUGGGUUUCCAUUCUCAGCUUGUUAUCUUACCAUCUGAGCUUAAACGACUGCUAGUGUGCUUUAAUUAGCAUGUAACGUGCGCGUUGACGCUUAUGCUUUUGUGGAUUUUGGGCCUUAAAUAGCUUUCCCGAGAGACCUUUUUGAUAUCUUUUAGGUAGUUUGGAGUAUUGAACCCAUGUGAAGCUUUUCUUAUGGUUUGCUGCAAUGUUUAUUUUGCUAAUCAAAUAGAUGAGGCACAAACCAUAGUAUUACACAAUACAAGUACAAUACAACAAAGUCUUCUAUA